GCACCCAAUCCACCAGGGCAGACCAGUCAGCACCACCCGCCCGAGCCCAGCCAGCCCGGCCGACAUCGCACGCGUGCCCUCCCGAUCCGGCCGCGGCCUCUCCCUUUUCCCCUGCCGCCCCGCCCGUCCGUCCCGCACGCCCGCGGCUCUGCGCUGACGCUCGCCGCGGCGUCGCCCCCCUGAGUCCAAACCCACCCCCAUCCCCAAUUCGGCCGGGGCAGGCCCUCUCCAAAUCCCUAAUUUUCCCUGCCUCCCCAAAGGCCGCGGGGAUGAACCGGAUCCCGUCCGUCUCGCCGCGGGGCGGGGCGGACGCGGCGGCGCCGCCCGACCCCGCGGCGCUGGCGCGGUGGGCGCGGGCAUUCUGCGUCAUCCGGUUCGACCUGGAGCGCGGGCAGCUCGUGGAGGCCUGCUUCCCGCCAGACGCGCUGUCCGCCCCCGGCGGCGGCCUCGACCGCCUCGUCGCCUUCUCCUCCUUCCCGGACUCCAUGUCCCACCACCUCCCGCGUCACCGCUCCUCCGUCCACGACUCCCUCUUCUCCUUCCGCGUCCCGGAUCCUUCCUCCCCGCGCCGCGCCUUCCUCUACGGCUUCGUCUUCAACCGCCAGCGCCAGGACGAGCGCCUCCCCCGCGGCGGCGAACAGAAGUCCGUCGUCAUACUCUCCCACGCGCCCUACUCCUCGCUCUUCCGCCUCCUGCUGCAGAUCCUCGGCCCGCUCUGCUUCGACGUGGGACCCAGUGCGCUGUCCAUGGUGGCGUCGCACGUCGCCGCGUGGCCCGCACCGGUGCCGGGGCGCCCCAUGGAGCUCCCGAUCGGCAGCGCCGCGCUGCGUGUGCACCUCCCGCCAGCGGCCGACGACCCUGGUCCGCCGCCCGCGCUGCUGCCAGCGAACCCCUCGGUGCCGUACGGGCUCUUCCACGAUGCGGACCUGUUUGCCGCGUUCCGCGGCUUGCUCCUCCACCUAUGGACGCUCUGGGAGCUCAUGGUGGUGGGUGAGCCCGUACUGGUUGUCGCGCCAUCCCCGGCUCAGUGCUCCGAGGCUGUGGCUGGGCUUGUUAGCCUUGUUGCUCCACUCUUGUAUAGCGUGGACUUCCGGACGUACUUUACCAUCCAUGAUCCGGACUUCGCUCGCUUGAACGCGCUUGCAGAAGGCGAGGUGUUCCCGCCAAUGGUGCUUGGCGUGACCAACUUGUUUUUCUUGAAGAGUCUUAAGAGUAUCCCCAAUGUGGUGUCCGUGGGAAGCCCGAAUCCAAAUUCCACUAGGGUACUCCCAGCAGGUGGCCAAUCGCUGGUAAAUGGAGCCAAUGGGACGCCAGGGAAGCUCAAGUUUGACAAGCUUGCAGUCAAUAAGUUCUCUCCCACUGGCCUAUUGAAUUCCAUCAAAUUGCGAAGAGAAGGCCCUCUUUCUCUCAUGACAGAGCACAAGGAAGCGCUAUGGAGCACGUACGCGCCAACCACAAAGCCUGAUACUUCUGUUCUAAAUAGGCUCAUUGAUGCAGGUGUGUCACCGAGGAUUGAGGAGUCCAUGUCAGUAGUCAAUAAUGAGAUAUUGCGGCGGCAUUUCUUGGAGUUGACAACCAACUUCCUUGCACCUUUUGGGCCGUAUCUGAGAACUACAACACCAUCGGAAGGGAGUUCUCCUUUUGUUGAUCCACCAUUACUACCACCAUUUCACGCAGAUGAGUUUGUCAAUGGUUUGGCUGCUAGAGGUCCAGGGAAAUUUUUGUCCAAAAGGAUGAGGUCCAAUUGGUUGGACCUAUAUAGGAGAUUCCUGGAAGGCCCCAAUUUCAUGCCUUGGUUCCGGCAAAGACGUGCUGCUGCAGAGCAAGAACAGCAGAGGCUCUGGAGGCAGGUUCGCAUGAAUGUUGACAUUGAAAAGCUAAUGUCAAAGAUGUCUGAAUUGGAGAGGAUUGAUUCUUUUAAUGCUGUUGAGCGGUAUCUUCUCAGAGAGAUGGAGAGCUCUGGAAAAGGAAGUGCUGAUUCAAUAGCAGCAUGCCAGAAAUUGAAGGGAGACCUCCAAGCAGCAUUCAGUGUCCUCCCGAAGGACAUGCAACAGCUCCUGCUCUCCAACCCUAAAAGAGCUGUUCUCCUUCAAACUUCGUCUCCUGGAAACAAACUACAUCCGCCCUGGUAGAUUGGACGGCCUCAUGAACCACAUCACGUCGCGCUUUUGUAUCGAGGCAUUGUCUGCAUCAAACCUUUAACUCUACGUAGCAAAUUCUUCUUACUCAUACCCUUGAGAAGAUCUGUGCAGAAUUUAAGAAAAGAGCAUGCAUGGAAAAACAUGCUUUGUUCCGUGCCUUCCAUACAGCCCAACAAAUGGUUGCUAAGCCCAUCACAUGCAUCUAUUGACCAUUGGGUAAGAACUUGUUAACCCAAAUAUAAUACUGACGUACAGAAUUAGGAAUACAAUCAGCUUCAAAUGCAUAAAGCAACGAAUCCCCA